AUGACUGAUGAUAAGAGUGAUUUGGCCAGACUUUCGCCAACUCCUGAACGUUGUGCUGCUUUGGCAAAAGAAUACACAUUGGAUAUUCCUCAUAUCCCGAGUUUAGAGCUUCCAUUAUGUGUCUCCGGCUCGCAAGAGAGCGUCACGAAGGCUAUUGCAAUGUGCGGUGGGCUGUCAAAGGUUAAAGAGAUAUUUAGUGAACAUGGGGAGAAUGUCGAUUCUCAGAGAGGAUUGGAGCUUUAUUUGAACGAAGGGCGGGAUGACGACGGGUGUGAGAGAUUCUUCAAUGAACAUCCAAUCAUAGGUAAGAAAGUGCCCUUCAGAGAUGAAUCAAUCAUCCUGAAGAUCGAAAUGCCAAAAGGCACGUUGGCUAAGCACGGUCAAAACAUUCAGAAGUCGCUCGAAUCGCUUAGAAGUCGAGACGUUAGAGUCACUCCGGUGGCAAUAGUGAAUAACACUAUCAAAUUCAGAGAAAUGUCGGACUUUCAGCUGAGGCUCGAUAAUGUCCCGUCUGCUGAAGAGUUCAAAACAAGCUUUGAUGCUCUCGAUUGGAGUAAGCUCAAAUCUUUUGUUGAAUCAGUGCCUGACCAGGACGCUCGGCCCUUUGAGAAUAUUAGCAGUUUGGUGAUAGAUCGCACCUCGAAGAUACCUGGUGGCGACUUUCAAUUGCCUCCUCCCCCUAGGCUAUCAAUGGUAAGUCUUCCGUACCAAUACAACUACAAGGCCAAUCCUUUUGCAACAAAGAAAUCAAAUGGUGUCUCUGAAGUGAAAGGAACGUACAUCAAGAACUAUCAGCAAUUUGUGCAUGACAUGAAUGAUAAUACAACGGUUCCUGAAAAGCCGCAUGCAUCUUUGCAGAAAGAUUAUGAAGCAGCAACAGCAACUGGAGUGUACCCUGGGACCAAGAAGGAAUCUGGCUUUUAUGAAUCUUUGGAAGAAUGUCUGAAAAUAUUGAAAGAGCUGUUUGCCAGAAGACCUAUAUGGGUUAAGAGGCACAUUGAUGGCAUUGUGAGAAAGGAAAUUCAUCAUACACUAAAGAUAGCACUUGCACUACUCUCCUUUAGAUUCACUAUGGGACCAUGGAGAAAUACCUACAUCAGAUUUGGUGUUGAUCCUCGAAGCUCUGCGCAGUACGCCAGAUACCAGACUGAAUAUUUCAAGAUAGAGAGGAGGUUACUGCGAUCACCAGCCCUCAGGAAGCAUAUACCAAGACCGCCGCCGUUAAUCUAUGAAUCGGACACGCCAGGCGACAUAGACAGUAGGUUCAAGUUCAACGGAAAGCAAAUUCCCUGGUAUUUGAUGCUGCAAGUGGAUUUGCUGGUAGAGGAGCCCAAUAUUGCCGAGGUCUACUCUAAAGUCGAUUUUCUGCCCGUCGCGAAUGAACUCACAGGUUGGUUUCCAGAGCUUGAUCUAGCCAAGAUAAGACGGAUUGUAAAGUAUGAGCUAGGGUGCAUGGUUCAAGGAAACUAUGAUUUCAACCAGUACAAGCUCAAAUACUUCAAAAACAUGGUAUAUGUCAAGGAAUCCAUGAUCAAAGAGCAAAGCACAGACCCCGAAGGUGAUGUGAAUAUGGAUGAAGAGGACAAUAUUGACAGCAGCAAACCGAUCGAUGAUGGGGUGCCAAAUCAAGAGGAAGACGAGGAUUAUGACAACGGCGUUGCCACUGGUGAAGCCGAUGAGGCAGCCUUGGAAGCAGAUGAAGCGGACGAGGACGACUACGUGCCUGUCACCGCCAUCAACGAUGGAGACGAUGCAGAAGACUUCGAAGAUGACCAAGCGUUUGAUGUCAGAAGCGCAUCCUUCCAGGAGAUUAUCGAGCGCAUCGCAAAGGUCAAUCCCAAUGUUGCGCAGCGACUGCAAAAGGAGCUUAAUGGCCUUGUCAACGAAGCUGAUCUCUAA